UGUGGAUAUACAGUGCAUUACUUCUAUUAUGGGGAGGGAACCACUGAUCUCCACAUAACUCCUUUACAAUAGACAAAACAUUUUACUGUUUUUGUGAUCACAGAAGUGGUUGGCUAUUCUUCUGGGACCAUCAUGGCUUCCAAGUGCAAUUAAUAGUAAUAUUAGGUAGGGACAUAGGAUGUUGUUCAAAAUGUGAUCUUCCCUGGCCUCCAAUUCCAUUAGUAUCUAUCAGUUAGAUUUGAUGGCUUAUAUAUCAGAUUCCGAGAACAGGUAGUUUAUCAAUUUGAAGAACCCAUGUGAUAUGUUCUGACUUGUUUAGAACAAGGUCAUUACACCAGCUAUGCAAGUAUUAGCCCAUUGGCUGAAAAGUCUCUUUCUGAAGGGGCAGAUAAGUUGGUCUGAGUUCUCAAAUAUCAAGUAAUCCUUCACAAAACCAUGAAGACAUUAGCAUGUGACAUCUUCUUGGCCCUUGCCUCCCACUAGACUCCAUUAAACAACACUCUUCCAACCAUUUAAUUCUGCAGAGAGUUGCUUCCACAUAGACUUGUAUAUCUAUCUAUAUAUACUCACUCAUCUUGGCAUUCUCAAGCAAUACAAGUCACUCACAAAAUACAAAUUCAAAUAUUUCUUUCACACACAAGCUACUGCUUUAGUUGUAUUGCUCUUCGUGUGUCACUCAUAACAAUGGGCUUCCUCUUACCUGGUAUUAGAAGGGUAGCUUCCAAGGCUGUUGGAGUCCCAAAAGGCUAUCUUGCAGUCUAUGUUGCAGAGAAAAUGAAACGGUUUGUGAUCCCCAUUUCAUACCUGAAUCAACCUUCAUUUCAAGAACUAUUAAGCCAAGCUGAAGAAAAAUACGGAUAUGAUCAUCCAAUGGGUGGUCUCACAAUUCCUUGCAAAGAAGAUGCUUUCUUAGGCCUCACUUCACGCUUAAAUUGAAAGAUAGAUCAUACCUAAGGAGACUGACAUAGAUUAGCUGAGGCCAACUUUACAGAAGGCACAUUCAUUUUUCUUUUUAUCUUUCUUUCGUAAAUGGAAAAUGCCAUUGAACUGAUGUAGUUAUAAACAGAGAUGUGACUUUUGGUCAAAUUUCAAUGAAUUUAUAUUACAUCUUA